AUGAAACUGGUUUUUACUAUUCUACCGAUUUUUAUCUCGCUCGGCACAGGUACACUUUAAAUCAUUUCUGCGGUCUACAAAUCUUGCGGCCGCUUCAGUCUCGGUAAUCUCACAGGGCCGAUUGUAUAUCGCUUGACACCGAAGGAGCCUUUAUUUCGAGAAACGUCUGUUUCAAUUGAGCAAUCGACUGAAAACAUUCUUCUUCCUAUUACAUCUGAAGUUACAGUGAAGUUAUUUCUAUUUUGUUUUUUCGCUACCAUGGAUGUAACCGAACAAACUGGUUGUAUUGAAUGUCGUAUUUAUGUUUCGGAAGCGUUUUUAUACGUUUAUUGAAAUAAUCCACUAAAGCAUAGCCAUCACGUAUUUUACUUUAAUCUGCUCAAAGUCAUUAAUAUCCGCGCUUUAAGUAAAGCUAUGAACAUAAGGAUAAUAUGACAUAAUUAUGAUAAGUCAAAAUUAUGGUGAAUUCCGGCUUCAACGAAUCCUACAUUUACUUCUACAAACUUCGGUUUAAAGUCCCUUCUCCAGGACUUUUACAAGUUUCCAGAAGAAAUAACAUAACGUAUUAUUAAAAGGAGGCUUUUUAGAGCACGAGCAUCUAUUUACAGUGAUUUAUUGAUAAUUCAUUCGUCGCUCUUCUUCUUGAGAACUGAGCGCUAAAUUGAAUUAACAGUUGCUGUUUAUUGAGGCGACCAAAAUAACUGAGGUUAAUUCACUCUAUUUUUAUCACCGACUGCAUGUAACAAGUUUCAUCUGUUCAGAAAAAAUGGAAUCGUGAGUAUUCAAAGGAAGUUAUUAGACCUUUCAACUCUUUAGAUAAACAGAAUAUUUUAAACGAAACAUUAUCGGCAAAAUAACAGGGGCACCCAACGACAAUUUUCGGAAAAUAUCUGUUCGAGAGACGAUUUGAGAUCUAGAAUUUUCGGAACAUUUUUUCCAAAAUUUCUUGCUUGUCUGCCUCUCCUAGGAUUUUCGAACAUCUAAAAAAUGGUAUAAUUGCCCAUUUUUAACGGAUUUUUGCCCUAAAAAGNACUUUUACAAGUUUCCAGAAGAAAUAACAUAACGUAUUAUUAAAAGGAGGCUUUUUAGAGCACGAGCAUCUAUUUACAGUGAUUUAUUGAUAAUUCAUUCGUCGCUCUUCUUCUUGAGAACUGAGCGCUAAAUUGAAUUAACAGUUGCUGUUUAUUGAGGCGACCAAAAUAACUGAGGUUAAUUCACUCUAUUUUUAUCACCGACUGCAUGUAACAAGUUUCAUCUGUUCAGAAAAAAUGGAAUCGUGAGUAUUCAAAGGAAGUUAUUAGACCUUUCAACUCUUUAGAUAAACAGAAUAUUUUAAACGAAACAUUAUCGGCAAAAUAACAGGGGCACCCAACGACAAUUUUCGGAAAAUAUCUGUUCGAGAGACGAUUUGAGAUCUAGAAUUUUCGGAACAUUUUUUCCAAAAUUUCUUGCUUGUCUGCCUCUCCUAGGAUUUUCGAACAUCUAAAAAAUGGUAUAAUUGCCCAUUUUUAACGGAUUUUUGCCCUAAAAAGGUCACCUAGAAUUUUCGGGAGCCUUUUUUCUGGCUGAAAUUUUCGAAGAGGUAAGUUUUGAUCCCUAUAAUUUUCGGAUCACUAGACUUUCAGCUAGGAAAUCCAAACAGAUUAAAAAUUUUUAGGGGAUAAAAAUAUGCCUAUAUCUACCGUGUAAAUACUAAAAUACGUUUAACAAUGCUAUGUUUAAGUGGUUUUGAACUAUAUUCUCGUUGGGUGCCCCCGAAAUAAAUCAAGGACAAAAAUUGAACCUAAAUCAAAUGGCUUAUGGACAUGUAAGUUGUAUAAUCACUGCCAAUAAAUUUGGUGGCUGUUAACCACCAUUUCUAUUGAUACACUUGAUUCACAGACGUUGUAAACAUUUUGAUAUUUGAUGAAAAAUUCACUGGCGGUGAAUUAGCUAUUUUCACCAAGUUUUAGUGAAAAACAGUGAACUGUUCUCUUUUUCUAACAGUUCAGUCGGACGAUAAAUUCAAGCGAGAUGUCACUGAUGCGACAUUGCAGACAACUCUACGAAGUAUUGAACGCAUACUAAAAUUUGGUAAGUAAUAUCAAGCAAAGAUUAUAUUUUGACUCCAAUUGGUUAGAGUUUUCUGAUUUUGGUAAGGGUUUGAAGGGAAAAUUAGCCAAGCAUAUGAACAACGGGUAACAGAACCACUUUUUUGACUAACUAGCUCUAGCCAACAAACCAACACCCUUUAAUUAAAUAGCUUAACCGUAGACUUGCUAUGGUGAGCUGACUUUCUGAUCGGGUACAAAACUUAAGAGAAACCUUAGGGAUAACCCCACCAAUGUUCAUAGAAAUAACCUUUGUUUUGUUUCCCAUUGAAAAGGUCCUUGUCCCAGUGACUGGACAUAUUUUAAAGGCUACUGUUACUUGGUGAGCAACUCCAUCAAGACUUGGCACCAGGCCCAAGCCUACUGCAAAGGACUGGGAGGAGAUCUGGUGAAGAUCAACAGUGAAGAAGAAAACGAGUUUGUACUGAAGCUAGUUAACAAGCGCGCUCCGUCAUUGCGUCAGGUUUGGCUGGCACUGGAGUGGAACCCGCAAAGAAAAGCGUUUAUCUGGGCUGACAACUCAAUUCCGACAUUCAAGAAAUGGUUUCCAGGUGAGCCGAAUGGAAAUGCUCAUGAACCAUGCAGCAAUUUUUGGACCAGGCACCCGCACCCUGGAAUAAACGGAUACUGGAAUGACCUAUCCUGUUCGAAUCAUGUCCCUUGUGGUAUUGUCUGCAAGAGGCUGCCUUAG